UGCGUAAUUUGGGGAUGUGGUCCGCCGCACCGAAGAGAAAGUUUGACAGUGAGCUGACCCAGCGGGCUGAUUAAAACGGCGACUUCCUUCCUCUGCCGGCGCACUAGCAUGGAGUUGGGGGUUUAUAAGUGCGAGCUAAACCGUUUCUCAAACAAACAAGCCUAUAGACCGCUGGAACUCGCGAGAACUUAAAACCACAACCGAGGUUCAAACAUGAAGGAUCUAACGGGACUGUUUGUUGUUGUGGUGUUGGUUUUCCUGUCGGGGGGAACCGUCGAGACAGUGCCGGAUAGCGGAUACUGCAUUGUGAACCAGUGUUUUACUGUUGUCCAAGACCCAAUCGAUUUCACAACAGCGCGGGAUCAAUGCAGAGGUCAGGGUGGUCACCUAAUGACAGUGCGCUCAUCUGUAUCACAUGAUGUCCUUUACAUCUUGUUGGGAAACUUUACGGGACAGUUCUGGAUCGGUUUACAUCUCCUGACCGGCUGCCCAGACGCUGCUGCGGGGCUGAAAGGCUUCCAGUGGGUGACCAAAGAUAACGAAAGUGACUUCUUCAAUUGGGCGCCAGGUUUUGACAGCAGCUGCUCAUCUCAUCGCUGCGUCUCAGUUUCCAAAGAGAGCGACUUUAAAUGGACCCAAGAACCAUGUGGCGAGCAGGCGGCCGGGUUUCUCUGUGAGUUCAGCUUCAGUGAGCCGUGCAAAAGUCUGGCGGUUACAGAGGGCGAGACUGUCUCCUACAUGACGCCGAUGGGGUUCGGAGGCGAGGAUAUGCUGUCUCUGCCCCCCGGGAGCAUCGCCACCCGGAUGCCAUCGGAGAGUAAAUACCUCUGCUUCUCCGAGCAGUGGCUGCAGGCGCCCUGGAACUGCGAGAUACUCGAAGGCGGGUGCGAGCACAAAUGCGUGGAGAACCCAAAGGAGGCCCCCUCUUGUUACUGCCCUGCGGGACAAAGCGUCAACCCUGCGAACAAUGUCACCUGCGAUGUGGUACCAGACGACCCGUGCGCCGCCCUGGGAUGCGAGCACGCUUGCUACAAGGACGGAGACUCCCACGUGUGCAUAUGCGACCACGGCUUUAAACUGGCCGCGGACGGCAGGUCGUGCGUGGAUUUCAACGACUGCACGGACCAACGGCAGUGUCCCGGGGAAAACUUCAGGUGCAUCAACACCGUCGGAGGAUUUCAGUGCGUCUGCAAGGAGGGUUACUCGCUGAGCGGCAGCCUGUGCGUCGACCAGGACGAGUGCGCGUCCGCACCGUGCGAGCACAUGUGCGACAACACUCCGGGUAGCUACAAGUGCUCGUGCUAUGAUGGACAUAUAGUGGACCCAAAGUCCCCGAAUAAAUGUAAACUUCACUGCGGGGAGGAAGAAUGCGAUGCGCAGUGUGACCCAAAUGAUGUGUUCCAGUGCUAUUGCCCUGAUGGUUACGUAAAGGAGGAAAGAGACGAGGGGGCAUUUUGCAUAGACAUUGACGAGUGCUCGUUCUUUUAUUGUGAUCAGGGCUGUGUAAACACAUUCGGCAGCUACGUGUGCUCGUGCAAUCCGGGAUUUACGUUAGUCGGCGAAUACAGGUGCGUAAAAGACGAUAAAGGUACGGUCACAGAUGGAGGGAUGGGAGGCAAGACAGCGGCCACCACUCCAGACAUCCCCACAACACCGUCUAUACCACCUCCUGAUCCAACAAGGCAGCCCUCGGGGGUGACAGUGGGGGGUCUUGUUGGGAUCAUAGUGUGCACUGUCUUUUUUAUUGUGCUGAUAGUUUUUUUGGCGCAUCACUUUCUCAACCGCGGAGGGAAGAUGGAGAGCGCCGGUGCGCUCAAAGCUCAUGAGGAUGAGGGUCACAGUUUACACCGUGUGACGAGUGACACUUCUUGAAGGAAAAAGAAGAACAGUCUCAAAGAGACAGCUGAAGCAAGACAUGUGAAUGUACAGAUCAACAGAACUGCAGAGACAGUUUUAGACUUGUUAUGAAGGAUGCAGAUUUCACAACAAAACAGAACUGGGGUGAUGCUAGAGGAGAUAAGGUCACUAUAAACUCACAGAGCAACAGAAAUAUUACGCAAACAGCUUAAGUUUUCUUUAACGAAGGAUAUUCACUGCAGUAGACAGUUCAACUGACAUACAACAGAUUCAAUGUAAAGUAAGAAUGACAAAGAACUUUGUUUUUUUAAAGUUUGUGAUGAAACAGUAUUAAAUUAUAAAAAAAGUGAAUGAAAGAGAA